CGGGCCAGGUGCAUUGAGGUCAAGUCACCUUUCUAACUGUCCGUCAUGGCGUCGCAGAGAAGCCGAAGCUUUUCUUUGGGAAGCACGACAGACUACGAAGACCCGGCCACCAUGUUUGACGUGGUCCACAGGAGAGGGAGAGAGAGGAUCGUCUUCCAGCGGCUGAUAGUGAUCGCCCGGCUCCCCCACGACCUCGAUGACAGGACAGAACCGGCAGGUCAGCGAGCAAAUUAACCUUCGAGCCCGAGAACUGGGCAGCGCUUUCCCCUUUUUGACAGAUUCCCCCUUCACCCCAAUCAAUGAACUAAUCACCCUCAUUACGAAAAACUCAACUUCCAGCUCAGCAGACGGUACGCAUUGGACCCCGUGACGGGCCUCCUGCUGGUGUAUCCCUCCUGUCUGCUGCACGUCAUCGAAUCGUCGAGGGACGUCCUGGUUUCCGUUUUGAAGGACAUGCAGCAGACAGACGGCGGCUUCAUGGAGGCUCCCAAGGUGGUGUUCGUGGCACACGACCCUCAGAGCCGGCUGUUCCAACAGUGGAGCUACAAGGUGCUCGGUGGGGAUCAGUGGGCCGGCGACCCCAAAGGAGGCGAGGAAGAGGGGGAGAGCACCGAGAGUCUGGUGUGCACCGUCCUGUCGGCGCUGCAGGCGCUGGGCGAACGCCUGGAAGCCUCCCAGAAGGAUGCUCCCGGGUCGGUGCUGGACGAGACUCCGGGGCUGAUGGUCUCUCAGACGGUCCUCAACAAGCUGUUGACUCGAGGCGAGCUGCAGACUCCACAGCAACACCUGCAGAUGUACAACUCGCCCAUCGACAUCUGCACCAACGCUGGACGAGUCGCGCGGAGCAGCUGCCUCACGACCAUUUAA